AUGAAUCAGCCAAGUGUCAGUCACAACGGAUCGCUGGUAUCCACUCGUGAACCGUACCAUGUGGCAGUGACCAAGAACAUGAUCGUUUUGGCUCUGGGCCUAACUAUAAACAGCAUCAACGGAAUGCUCGUCCACACCUUCUCGAAGCAUCAGAUCUUCUACACCACGCCUCGCUACAUCCUCUUCAUUCAUCUUGUGAUCAACGAUAUGAUCCAGCUCACUCGGUCAUGGCAGUGGAGUGCUACAUCGCCAUCUGCUUUCCAUUACGACAUGUAG